GAUUUUUUUUCUGUUAGAUAAAAAUCUCCUGUGCGAUUUUUUUUUUCUUUUGUUAAUUAUACCAACGAAACUCCCCACUCUUUUUUCAAAUGGCUUCACGAUUAAUUAGUGCUUCUCUUGCACGCCUCCCACGUCAACUUUCAGCAGUGCGUGCUAUCCGUACAACACCUGCUCGUGCUUUUACUUCCAGUGUAAAAUGCCAAGAAAAGGAUUUAAACCAAGUAUCAGCCGAUCCCAACUUCAAGUCCGGCAAUGAUCAUCUCCAUGAAUAUGGUCAAUAUCUCAUGUCAGUGAUGCCCAAGUUUGUUCAACAAUUCAGUGUUUAUAAGGAUGAAUUAACUAUUUAUGCUGCACCUUCAGCUAUCUACCAAGUGAUGCACUUUUUGCGUGACCACACCAACACUCAAUUUAAAUCUGUUUUGGAUAUUACAGCCAUUGAUUUCCCUUCCCGUGACAACCGAUUUGAAGUUGUUUAUAAUAUGUUGAGUAUGAAGUAUAAUGGACGUAUUCGUGUAAAGACUUAUGCCAGUGAAACAUCUCCUGUUCCUUCUGUUGUACCUCUUUUCAACGCUGCUAACUGGCAGGAACGUGAAACCUAUGAUAUGUUUGGUGUCUUCUUCACAGGUCAUCCUGAUCUCCGUCGUAUCUUGACUGAUUAUGGUUUUGAAGGUCAUCCUUUAAGAAAGGAUUUCCCUCUUACAGGUUAUGUCGAAGUUCGUUAUGAUGAGGAAAAGAAGCGUGUUGUUUCUGAACCCGUUGAAUUGGCCCAAGCCUUCAGAAACUUUGAAGGUGCUCUUUCACCUUGGGAGCAAAAUGGCCUUGGACGUGAUGAUACACCCAAGAAGAUUGAAGAAAAAUAGAGUUUUAAUAAUAAAGAAAAGCUGGAACAAAAAAAAAUAUAUAUAUAUAAAUGUAACUAGUAUUUCUUUCUCUU